CAUUGGAAACAUACCCUCCUCUCCCCGCGGGGACAUGAUACUCCUGCAAAACCCUCGACCUAGACGGUGCAGCGCCGCCGGCCCGCCGCCGCGGUCUCUGCCUCUGCCUCGUCAUGGCGCGGACGAUGCUGCCGUCUCCUUCGCCUCACACCGCCGUCAAGAGAGAAAUCGAGGACGCAGAGCCCACCGCUCACACGCCGGCGUCACUGCCUCGCAAGAAGCGCCGCCGUGGAGGCCGCCUCCCAGUGACUCCCACCCAGCUUCCCCUAAGCCCUCCCCUCGUCACGCCCCAGACCAUCCCAUCGGUGGCAUCAGGGGACGCGUCCUUCGCCGGCCUAACGCCGACGCCCGUGUUCUCUGCCGUCAAGGACGAGUCCGGCGCGGACACCGGGGUGGGGAGCAACGGGAGGGCGUCCGGGAAACGGAAUGACUCGCAGGACCUCCGCUCCGUCCCGAGGCCCGCGGCAGCGGAGCCUCCCACUCUCUGGCUCAACCGCCGGCGUCUGGGCCUCAUCCUCCACGAGCUCGCGGGAGCGCACCGGUGGCGCGACGCGGCCAGCGUCGUCUCGACGCUCCUUAGCGGCAACCGAAAGCCCGACUCCUACGAGGAGACGCGCAGAAUGUUCGUGGUGGCCAUGGAGAUUCAUAAGCGGCUUGCUGAGGACAGCAGCGUGCAGUACGGUGGCAGGAGCAGCUACUACCUCAGAACGCAGAAGUUGUUCAAUGUUUGGAUGCGAAAGCUGAUUUGGUUUCCUUCUUGCCCAAAAAAAAACUUGGUUACACUUGAACUGGCCCUAUUUUACCUUUCACAAGGCAACAUCGACAAUGCACACAUCGCAACAAGAACCCUUAUCGCCAAUGGUAAACUGCAGACAGAACCAAUCUUAAAUCUCGUUCAUGGUUUAAUAUCAUUUGAUAAAUGGUACUCUGGCUUGCCUAAAGAUAUGCAAGUUGAGGAUUUUGAUGUUUAUGAUGAAUCAUGCGGUAUUCCGAUGAAGUCAAAUGGUUCUGCAGGAACUGAUCUUCUGGUUAAUUCAGAUGAGGAUAGCAUGAAUAUUGAUGAGUCCAGUUUGGCUACUUGCUCUUCAGAAAGUUCUAUCAAUAAUGAGAAUAUAGACAAAAAAAUGAAUAACAAACCUGGUUUUCUUCACCCUAAAGAGGAAAUGGAUCCACUUGAAUCACAAGGAAAUGAAAACUUGCGAAGCAUAUUUUUGGAUACCUCUGAUGGUCCUACUUGUGGAUUGGAGCAGAGCUUGCUGCCUUUAAAGCUGAAGUUCGCUACUGGGGCUUCCAAUGAUUGUUUUGAUAAAUAUAUGAAGUACAAGUCAGUGCCUAAUACCUUGUAUGAAGAUGCAGAAAAAUGUCUAAGAUUGGCUCUUUAUUCAAAUCCGCCAGUGAUGGCUGCAUUAUUGCCACUAAUACAGAUUCUCCUCCUAGGUGAUAAACUGAAAGUUGCACUAAAUGAGCUUGAGAAGGCCUGCCUCAGUUUAGCUACAGCCCUCCCUUUCAGGUUGAGAGGUAGGCUGCUGGAAGAGUAUGACCAAAACCAGGUAUCAACCAUUUUCUCUUGCUAUGAGGAGGCUUUGAGAAGAGAUCCUACAUGUAGCUACUCCAUGGAGAGGCUAAUCAAAAUGCAUAAAAAAGGAUAUUAUAACACCAUCCAACUACUUGAGGCAAUAGCUUUACAUUUAGAUUCCGUCAAUGGGAAAUCCUGCAUCUGGGAAGAGCUUGUAUCAUGUUUCCUUCGGCUUUUUUCUGACAAUACUGCUGACUACGAGGAUUGCAUAUCAUGUACUAAUACCCAUGGGGGUGAAUCAUUGGAGGCUUCCAGUAAAUUUUCUUCAGUCUUUUUUGAGCAGUUUACCAGAGAAUCAUGGAAGGCCCGAUGCAGAUGGUGGGCACGCCAUCAUUUCAGCCAAAAUGCUUAUACAUCAGAAGCUCAGUCAGGUGAUUGCAAGCUCCUGGCUGCCAAGGCAGCUUGUGCUGCUCAUUUGUUUGGACCAGAAUUCCCAUAUGUCAAAGCAGUUGGUGUCUAUAUUGCAAAGCAAGAAGCUCUGGACGAAAUCAGUGUCCUAGUCAGAAAUAAGCAGAACUCUGUCAGGCUAUUACAAACUUUGGAGAAACUAACACGAUGAUUCUUUCACCAUUGCUUGGUGUUGGUAAUUAGCAUAAUGUUGACGAUAUUUUAUAGACCCCUUGAUGAAGCAAAAUUUUGUAGGAUCAAUAGCAUGUCACUAAUGUAGUGUGUUGGCAGAAAAUUUUGUAGUAUCAAUAGCAUGUCACUAAUGUAUGUGUUGGCAGAACCUUGGCGCUGGAUGAAAUCUUGGCGCGGGUGAUGCCAUACGUUGUGUAGCAGCAAAAAAAGCAAAGACAUCAGAAACGUAAGAGAUAGAAGCCAUUUGCUCCCUUGUUUUUUUUUUGUUUUUGCGAAAUGUAAGUACAAGGCCGAGAAGAGUCCUGAAAAUUUAUACUUAUUUCAUUAUCCCUGGAGCUGCACUGAGGGUCUGUUUGACAACUUUACAAAUGAAAAUUUUAAG